CAUCCGAAGAAGAAAUAGGUGCAUCUUUUUUAUGAUAGAGAUGAGAAUGAUGUGGUUUUGGGUACUGUUUGUUUUAGUAACUGAGUGCUACGGGUGCUUGGAGCAAGAAAGGAUUGCUCUUUUGCAACUAAAAGCUUCCAUCAACAACCCAUAUGGCGAUAGCCUUCCAACGUGGGAGGAGGCUUUUGUUGGCGGCAAAGUGACCCCUGACUGUUGUGAAUGGGAAAGAGUCGAAUGCAAUCCCAAAACAGGGCGAGUGAUCCAACUUUCACUCAAUUCACAACGGGCAAUGGACUUGCAUUGGUAUCUGAAUGCCUCCAUGUUUCUUCCAUUCGAAGAACUUGAAAGUCUCAACUUAUCAUGGAAUUUUUUAGUGGGCUGCCUUGAGAAAGAAGGUUUUGAGAAGCUGGCAAUGCUUAGCAGCCUGGAGAAUCUGGAUUUGAGUGAUAACAAUUUCAACAACAGCAUCCUAUCAACUUUGGGUGGGCUGACAUCUCUGAAGUCUCUGUAUCUAGGCUAUAACGGGUUGAUGGGAACUUUCCAUGUUGAUGAUCUCAAACAUUUGAAAAACUUGGAGAAGUUGGAUAUCGGCAAUAAUGAGCUUGAUAGUUUCGUCACUCAUUCAGGUUUUCAAAGAGUAUCUGUGUUGGGAAAGAUCAAGGUGCUUGAUUUGGAAUUCAAUUUGUUCAAUAGCAGCAUUUUACCAUCCCUUGGUGUGCUUUCAUCACUCAAGACUAUAAACCUAAGGAACAACAAUAUGAGUGGAUCACUGCACCGGGGAGGGUUGGAAGGAUUGAAAAACUUAGAGUACUUGUAUUUGGAUUAUUCAUCCAUUGACAGCAGCUUCCUUUAUAACGUUGGAGUGAUGUCUUCCCUGAGGGUUUUGUCACUUAGAAGUGCCAUGCAUAAUGCAAGCCUACCUGACCGAGGUUGGUGUGAACUACCUUACCUCCAGGGAUUGGACCUUAGUGAGAAUGAUUUAAAGGGCAGCCUUCCCUCAUGUGUAGGAAACUUGACGUCAAUCCGGUUGUUGGACCUCUCUUAUAAUCAGUUGCAUGGAAAUCUCACCUCGUCUCCCCUUAUCAAUCUUGCAGAACUGGAGUACCUUUUCAUUUCACAUAACCAUCUCGAGAUCCCAAUUUCACUUGUUUCAUUUUAUAACCAGUCAAAGCUUAAGGUACUUAUAGGUGACAACAACAGACUCAGCGACCAAAUCGAGUUUCAAAGAUCAAUUCCUAGGUUCCAACUUCAGGUUUUCAGUUUGUCAAGUUGUAGUUCAAACAAGCUUGGUAUGCAGGUUCCACAGUUUCUUUAUUACCAGUACGACCUGAGAAUGGUUGAUCUUUCACACCACAGUCUGGCGGGAACGUUCCCGGUUUGGUUGUUAGAAAACAAUACAAGAUUGGAAGUUUAUAGGCUAAGAAACAGCUCUCUCAUUGGGCAUUUCCUCUUACCAUCUCGUCCCAAUCCCCAUCUCCGCUCAAUAGAUCUUUCUGACAAUCAUUUUGAGGGCCAACUUCCAAGGAACAUAAGUUUCAUCUCUCCCAAUUUGUUGGAUCUAAACAUGUCUACAAAUCGAUUUGAGGGCGCCAUUCCUACUUCUUUUGGUGGUCUGGACUCUCUGAAGUAUUUGGACUUGUCUAACAAUAAUUUGUCUGGACAGAUACCAGAGCAAUUCCCAAUGGGUUGCUCCUCCUUAAAGUUGCUCCAGAUAUCAAACAACAAUUUGUCUGGCCAGAUAUCGCCUUCAAUUUCCAAUUUAACGGAGCUGUCAUGGUUAUUUCUGGACAACAAUCUCUUUGUGGGCGAACUUCCAGAUAGCUUGUGUACUCUCUCUAAUUUGGAAUUAAUGGACAUCAGCAACAACCAAUUCUCAGGAAGGCUUCCAAGAUUGGCGGGUAACAUGUCAGGUUUGAGGCAUGUGGUUAUGUUCUCAAAUCAUUUUGAAGGGCCCAUUCCAGUGGAAUUCUGCAAACUGGAUAUUCUUGAGUUUUUAGACCUUUCAGAAAACAACAUUUCCGGUGCUAUACCAUCUUGCUUCAACCCAUCAACAAUAAAACACGUCCACCUGAAUCGAAACGGUUUGAGAGGAUCAUUGAGCCGUGCUUUUUACAACAGCUCUUCUUUGGUGUCAUUAGAUCUCAGCAAUAACUUCCUAAGUGGCAAAAUUCCUCAUUGGAUUGGAAGCCUUUCUGUAUUGAGCAUUCUUUUGUUGAAGUCUAAUGAUUUUGAAGGAGAAAUUCCAGUCCAGAUAUGCCAGUUGAAAAAGUUAAGCAUGUUGGAUCUUUCUCAAAAUACCUUUUCGGGUCGCAUACCUACUUGUUUGCAUGACAUAUCUUCUGACAGCUCCUAUUGGAAAUCUUAUUUAAUACCUGCUUGUCAGCAUGACAUAUCUUCUGACAGCUCCUAUUGGAAAUCUUAUUCAACACCUACAUUUAAAUCUACUGUUGACUAUUCGCCAUGGAACUCUGUGAAGGGGUCAAAUUUUUUGGGACCGCAUGAAUACCAAAUUAAUCUUGUGUAUGUUCAGCAACAAACGGUGUUCACGACAAAGCACGGAUCUCAUUCAUACAAAGGAAAUAUUCUUGAUUACAUGUCAGGAGUUGAUCUCUCUUGGAACCUCUUGACUGGGGAAAUCCCACCUGGAAUCGGAAACUUGAGCGAGAUCCGUGCACUAAACUUGUCCCAUAAUAAUAUUAGUGGAUCAAUCCCAGCUACGUUCUCGGGCCUAAAGCAAAUAGAAAGUUUGGAUCUCUCGUACAACAGCUUGCGCGGAGGAAUCCCUCCUCAACUGAUUGAACUUGGAUCUUUGGCAGUCUUCAGUGUGGCACACAACGACUUAUCGGGUACGACACCAGACCAAAAAGCUCAAUUUGCAACUUUUGAGGCAAGUAGCUAUGAGGGAAAUCCCCUUCUUUGCGGGCCUCCCUUGCCGAAAAGUUGCACCCAAAACGUGCCAACGCCAACAAGGCAAAAAGACUUGGACAGACAAGGAGAAGAUGGUGGUUUCCUAGAUACAGAGGCUUUCUAUGUGAGCUUUUCAGUAUCUUAUAUCAUCAUUUUGCUAUCUUUUGCCGCCAUUCUGUUCAUAAAUCCUUAUUGGCGGCAGGGUUGGUUUUACCUCAUUGAAGUUUGUCUGUUUUCUUGCUAUUAUUUUGUUAUAGACAAUUUUACCCUACUUUUCAAAGGUAGACGCGUAUAAUCUUCUUCUGUUAUAGACAUAGUAUUGUAUUCUUAUCUAAUGGAAUAAAACAACAUAGUUGUGCGGUCUUCUUUCUUGACA